AGUUAUUCUACUUUCCUCCUCCUUCCUUCCUCCCAACGUAUAAUGAGCUCUGCCGAGGAUUCCAAUGAAGCCGCUAUUGAGCAAUGGAAGAUCCGGAGGUUGAUCAAGAGUUUGGAGGCAGCCCGGGGGAACGGUACUUCGAUGAUCUCAUUGAUCAUCCCCCCCAAAACGCAGGUUGCUCAAAUGGCGAAGAUGCUGGCAGAAGAGUACGGUACCGCGUCCAACAUCAAGUCUCGGGUUAACAGAUUGUCUGUUCUUUCGGCGAUUACAUCCACUCAACAGCGACUCAAAUUGUACAAUAGGACGCCUCCUAAAGGUUUGGUUCUCUACUGCGGUACUGUCCUCACUGAUGAUGGCAAGGAAAAGCAAGUUACCAUCGAUUUCGAGCCCUUCAAGCCGAUCAACACCAAGCUGUAUUUGUGUGAUAAUAAGUUCCAUACAGAGGAUCUGAACCAACUGUUGGAGUCUGAUGACAAGUUUGGAUUCCUCAUUAUGGAUGGUAAUGGAAGUCUCUAUGGCACAGUACAGGGAUCGAACCGGGAGGUACUUUACAAGUUCUCGGUGGACCUUCCUAAGAAGCAUGGAAGAGGUGGUCAGUCCUCCAUGCGUUUCGCUCGACUAAGGCUCGAGAAGCGACAUAACUACCUUACCAAGGUUGCUGAGCUGUUAACUCAACACUUCAUCACCAACGAUAGACCCAACAUUGCCGGCCUGGUCUUGGCAGGAUCUGCCGAGUUCAAGAACGACUUGGCCAAUUCGCAGUUUUUCGACCCCCGUUUGGCCGCCAUCCUCAUUAAAGUGGUGGAUGUGAGCUAUGGUGGAGAGAACGGCUUUAACCAGGCGAUUGAGCUCGCCUCUGACACCUUGAAGAACGUCAAAUUCAUCCAGGAGAAGAAGCUUAUUACCAAGUACUUCGAGGAGGUUGCUCAGGACACGGGAAAGGUCUGUUUUGGUAUUGAUGACACUCUCAAGUGCUUGGACAUGGGCGCUGUUGAGACCCUCAUCGUAUUCGAGAACCUCGCCAUCAAUCGUUAUCAUAUUCGUAACCCCCAUACCGACACUGAAGAUGUCCUCUACCUCACACCUGAACAGGAAGUACAAGAGAGUUAUUUCCGCGAUUCCGAUACUGGGGUGGAGCUCAUUGUGAUCGAGAAGAUGCCCAUCACUGAGUGGUUGGUCAACAACUACAAGAACUUCGGAGCCAAAUUGGAGUUUGUCACCGACAAGAGUGAGGAGGGAGCACAAUUCGUCCGUGGAUUCGGUGGUAUUGGUGGUCUCUUGCGUUACUCUGUUCAACUGGAAGACCUCGAAGAGUGGGAGGGUGACUCUGAUGAUGACUUCAUGUAAAUAGUGUCGUAAUCAGCGUCACCAUUUGCGGUAUAACGAGCUGUUGAUGACUGGUCCAUUGGCGUUGUUGCAGUCAGCGACCUCUCCCUGGUGAGGAUGACGAUGAAGCCUAAGUACUGUGUAUUACUUGUCGUGCUUGUAAAUUUGUGGGAGAGAAUAUUGAUGGCUUCUAGUACU